AUGUUAGAGUUGUACGAUCGACAAACAUUCGUAGGACCCCCAGAGAACCCGAGAGAAACAGUAAUGGCUGCAACAAAAGCAUUACAACGCGGCGACUGGAGAGAGUGCUCGCGUCUUCUUUGGACGCUCACUAUCUGGGAGAAGAUGCAUAAUAAAGAACAUAUUCAAGAAAUGCUACUCCAAAAAAUCAAAGCUGAAGCUAUGCGCACUUAUAUCUUCACGUAUUUGCCUCUCUACGACUCUUUUGCAAUCAACCAGCUGGCGAGCAUGUUUGAUUUAUCUUUAAACGCUGUUCACUCCAUCGUCAGCAAGAUGAUGGUGAACGAAGAAAUCCACGCGAGUUGGGAUGAAACGAGUCAGUACAUUUUGCUGAGUCGCAUUAAACAUACGCGACUGCAACAGCUGGCCUUAACUCUCGCAGAAAACGUCGCUACUGCUGUUGAGCAAAACGAACUCACACUCAAUAUGAGAAACCCUAAGUUUGCAUUAACUCACGAGCGUCGGUUCCUUCGUGAAGGCGAACGAGCGGGGUGGGGAGUGCGAGAAAGAGAAGAAAAUACAGGGUUAAGCAGAAGCAGGUUGAGUUUUAGAGGGCGUUCAAAUAAUAUGCUGAACCCUUCAAACAUCAGAGGACGAACAGGAGGGAGGCUAGGCAGUGGAUAUAAUAGGUCCUCAGGUGGCGGUGCUUAUCGCAGUAAUAGAGCAGAUUAUUCGAGUAGAAAUGCUGAAGGAAGAAGCGGCGAUAGAAAUGAAUAUAGAAAUAAUAAUAAUAAUAAUGAUACAAGAGAUCCUUUCAGGGUUAAGUUCGGUGGACCGCUCAGUUAUAAUUGA